CGGCUCGGUGCGGAGCUCUGAGAGGGAGCAGAGGAGCAGGCUGUACCGGGCAUCAUGACGCUGGAUUGCGGACAUAAUGAGCGCCUUCAGUAAGUGCAGCGAUGGGUGAGGAGGAAGGGGGAGGAAAACAGUGAGCGGUGCCUCCAGCAUGGCGUCACCUCUGCGCGCUUUCACCCGGACAGGGGACACUGUUGGAGAAGAAGAAGAAGUGACUCGCCACCGGCACCGGAACAACUCACUCCAUCACCAUCUCCAGUCCGAGAAGUAGCAGCAUGGAGAAGCCGAGCAGGAAGCAGCAGGAGCGCAAAGAGAAGAAACCCGGCGGCGGGAAGCUGUUCAAGAGGAAGUCCCUGAAGUCUGUGGGCAGCUUUAUGAGCAGAAUCAUCAAAACUUUGGGCACCUUGACGCGCUUUGGGGACGCGCAGCAGGGCGCGGAGGAGGACGACGGAGGGUUUGGAGAUGGAACUCCGUGCGUUCUGAGCUCCACGGGCAUCAAGGAGGAGAUGCAUGUGAGCUGGGACCGAAACGUGAAGCCCUGCAGCAGCGAGUCCUGGUCCCUGAACACCGGCAGGGAGAAGCUGCGGCACCAGUACGCGGACAGAGUGCCCGGGGUUCAGGGUCUGAAGAACCACGGGAACACGUGCUUCAUGAACGCCGUGGUGCAGUGUCUGAGCAACACGGACCUGCUGGCGGAGUAUCUGGGGCUGCAGAGGUACAGAGUGGACCUGGGGAGGAUCAACGGGCUGCUGAGGAGCGAGCAGAGCCGGCUGGACAAAGGAGAAGUGACGGAGCAGCUGGCGGCUCUGGUGCGCGCUCUGUGGACUCUGGAGUACAGCCCUCAGCUGUCUGUGGACUUUAAG